AUGGCUGCCAGCUUGCAGGGCCACCAGGUCCACCCCGGCGGCCGCACAUGGAAGAGCCACUUUCCUAAUGGUGAUUUGUGGGUAUUUGGAUACGGGAGCUUGAUCUGGAAACCACCGCCGCACUACGAUCAGCGAGUCCCGGGCUAUAUCGAUGGCUACGUGCGCCGAUUCUGGCAGGUAUGUAAUCCAAACGUUUUUCAAGCAUUUUCAAGUACCGAUCACCGAGGCACACCCGAGAAGCCGGGGAGAGUUGUUACUGUUAUUGAGCGAACCUUUUGGGAAACGCUUGAUGAUCCGCUAGCGAAGACCGAAUCUGAAUCAGCUUCCACGGGCAAAGUCUGGGGAGCUGCUUACCAUAUUCCGCCUUCACAUGCGGAGGAGGUCCACAAUUACCUCGACGAACGCGAGAUCGAUGGAUACAGCGUGCACUACACGCCCUUCUACCCGUUCUCUGCGGGCUCCUCGAAGGUCGCUGGACACUCCGCUCCGAUCAUUUGUAUGGUGUACAUCGGGCAACCGAGCAAUCCACAAUUUCUGCGUGAUCCUGCGCAGCGGGACCCUCAAGACGUGGCACAGGUUAUUAGCGCCGGACAUGGACAAAGUGGGAAAGGAACCGAGUAUCUCUAUCUGCUGGAGAAGGCGCUUGAGGGUCUGGGGCUCGGAACGGCGGAUAUACAUGUGACCGAUCUGGUGAGACGGGUGAAGGCAAUAGAGGCUGCGGGCGAGGGCGAAGAGGAAGAAAGAGAGGCCGAGAAGAAUGUCAAGCGAUCUUUGGCGACGGCUGAGGUUGUGGCAAAGGGAGAAAAUAUUGAAUGA